AUGAAGUUCACCGGCUUCGCUGCUAUGGGCUUGAUGGGCUGCGCCCUCGCCCUGCCUCACGGUGCUCCUGCUGGUGCCCAGCGUACCGACCAGCCCACGCCUACUGGCCUUCCCCCAUCCGGCUUCCCGACCCCGUCUGGUCCUCCUCCCCCGCCGCCCAGCGCCAGCGGUCUCAACAAGCACCAGUUCGGCUCUUUCCCUGAGCCUUCCGGCACCCCGUCCGGCUUCCCUGAGCCCUCUGUUGGCUUCGGCUUCCGCGGCUUCGGCAAGCAUCCGGGCUUCGGUAUCCCUACCGACCUACCGUUCUCUAUUCCCUCCGGUUUCCCUACCGACCUACCAUUCUCUAUUCCCUCCGGUUUCCCUACCAGCCUGCCUACUGGUCUCCCCGGCUUCGGCGGCUUCGAGAAGCGCCAGGACUUCAGUAUCCCGACUGACCUACCGUUCUCUAUUCCCUCCGGUUUCCCUGCCAGCCUACCUACCGGCCUACCUACUGGUCUCCCUGGCUUCGGCGGCUUCGAGAAGCGCCAGGACGUCAGUAUCCCGACUGACCUACCGUUCUCUAUUCCCUUCGGUUUCCCUACCAGCCUACCUACCGGCCUGCCUACCGGCCUACCUACCGGCCUACCUACCGGUCUCCCUGGCUUCGGCGGCUUCGAGAAGCGCCAGGACUUCAGUAUCCCGACUGACCUACCGUUCUCUAUUCCCUCCGGUUUCCCUACCGACCUACCAUUCUCUAUUCCCUCCGGUUUCCCUGCCAGCCUACCUACCGGCCUACCUACUGGUCUCCCUGGCUUCGGCGGCUUCGAGAAGCGCCAGGACGUCAGUAUCCCGACUGACCUACCGUUCUCUAUUCCCUUCGGUUUCCCUACCAGCCUACCUACCGGCCUGCCUACCGGCCUACCUACCGGCCUACCUACCGGUCUCCCUGGCUUCGGCGGCUUCGAGAAGCGCCAGGACUUCAGUAUCCCGACUGACCUACCGUUCUCUAUUCCCUCCGGUUUCCCUGCCAGCCUACCUACCGGCCUACCUACUGGUCUCCCUGGCUUCGGCGGCUUCGAGAAGCGCCAGGACGUCAGUAUCCCGACUGACCUACCGUUCUCUAUCCCCUCCGGUCUCCCUACCAGCCUACCUACCGGCCUACCUACUGGUCUCCCCGGCUUCAGUGGCCCCGCUCCCAGUGGGCCUGCUCCUUCCGGCACUCCCACCGGUUUCCCCCAGCCCAGCGGUAGCCUCCCCAGCGCUUCCGGUGUGCCCACCGGCUUCCCCGCGCCCGACGGCUUCUUUGUCUAG